CCCGCAGGUCUGUCAAAGAUGCACUGGUCACCAGAGCAUGCCCAGUCCCUGAACCAGUGGCCGGAGCAGCACCUGGACGUYUCCUCCACCACCUCCUCGCCGGCCCACAAGUCCGAGCUGUACCCCAGCGCCCGCCAGCGCUUCAACUAYGCCUGGGCCAACGAUGACAUCUCUGCGCUCACGGCYUCCAACCUCCUCAAGAGGUACGCCGAGAAAUACUCGGGGGUGCUGGACGCGCCCUACGAGCGCUCGGCCCUCGGCGGAUACGGCGACGGCGCCUUCGGGCCACUGAACGGGCAGAAGGGCGAUGGGGAGCCCUGGCCGGGGGCUCACGGCUCGGACGGCGCUUACCCGCUGACCCCCAUCCCCGACGGGCUGGCCGGAGCCAAGGGGGUCCCCUCGGCCGGCGGGGCCAUCGGGCUGGGCGGCUCGCCGGUGGUGUCGGCCAACCUCGSCGAUCCCGUGUACGCCGGCAACUCGUGCGGAGCGGCCGCCGCGGGCUCCGGGGGACUCGGCGCGUCUCAGGAGUACCCCUCGGGCUACGGGGGAACCUACUUGCCCUCGGGCUACUGCACGCAGCCGGSGGCCGCGCUUCCCCCGCCGCACCCGCCCGCCCUGCACAGCUCGGGGCUGCUGCAGCCCCCGCACCCCUCGCCCGCGCUGGUGCCGGGCUACGGCUCCUCCGGGCCCGUGUACAACUACGCGGCCGGCAGUUAUCCACCGCAGCCGGGCUACGGGGGCAUCCACCCGCCGCACCCGUCCGCCUCCUACCUGCCCUCGGGCAUCGCGGCGCCCACGCCCAUCCCGGCCCCGCCGCCCACCGCCCGCCCGCCCGGGGUGCCCGCCUACGGCUACCAGAGCGCCGGGCUGGGCCCGCUGGCCGUGCCGCCCCUGGGCACCGAGGCGGCGGGCGCGCUCAAGAGGAAGGCGUUCGACAUCGGCGGCGAGGAUGACGGRGAGGGCAGGUACAGGAAAUACAGCUACGAGCAGCCAAAGUCUCCCUACGCCGUGUCGGACAACGGCGAGUGCCGCGGCAACGGCUUCAGCAGCGGCGGCAGCGGCGAGUCCCCCCAGGUGGCCUUCAAGGCCGGCAAGCGGCCGGCGGGAGCGGGCAGCGCCGAGGAACACGGCGGCAAGUACCAGAUGAAGGCCGUGGUGUCCCCGUCCUACGGCUCCAGGGACGCGGCCCUGCGGCCGGCAGAGCCCUUCGAGAAGUUCAGCCCGCCYUUGGCCAACGGCGAGCGGGCGGCAGAGCCGGGACCCCCGUUCCCGCUGCGGCUGCCGCCCAAAGCGCUGGGAUUCCUGGAGGAGCAGCCCAAGAACGUGGACCCGCUGCUGCUGGAGCUGGUGAACACCAAGGUGGUGGAGCGGGGCCCGCCCGUGCAGUGGUCGGACAUCGCCGGGCAGGUGUCGGUGAAGGCGGCCAUCGAGGAGGAGCUGCUGUGGCCCAUCCUGCGGCCCGGCAGUUUCAGCGGCGCUAGCCACCCGCUGCGGACCCUGCUGCUCUUCGGGCCCCGCGGCACCGGCAAGACGCUGCUGAGCCGCUGCAUCUCCACGCAGCUGGGCUCCACGCUGCUGCGCCUCAGCGGCACGGCGCUGCUGUCCGCCUGGAAGGCCGAGGCCGAGAAGAUCCUGCAGACUGUGUUCUUCGUGGCCAGCUGCCGCCAGCCCGCCGUGGUGCUCAUCACCGAGGCCGAGUCCCUGCUGGCGGCGCGGGCGGGCGAGGACGGCGGCCCGGCGGGCAACCUCAAAUCUCAGCUCCUCUCCUACCUGGACAACGUGGCUACCUCAUCCGAGCAGAACGUGGUGGUCAUCGGCACCACGGCCCGGCCGGCCAGCAUCGACGAGGCGUCGCACCGGCGCUUCGGSACGCGGCUCUACAUCGCUCCGCCGGACGGGGCUGCGCGGCGAGUGAUCCUGCGCCAGGCGCUGGCCCAGCAGAGCUGCUGCCUGAGCGAGCGGGAGCUGGCGGCGCUGGCCCAGCGCACCGAGAGCUUCUCCGGGGCCGAGCUGCUGCGGCUCUGCCAGCACGCCGGGGCCGCCCGCCGGGCGCUCACCGGACCCCCCGCUUCCUACCAGGACCUGGAGAAGGCGUUCUGCAAGGUGCGCCCCGCCACGUCCCAAAAGGAGCUGGACCUGUUCCUGGAGUGGGACAAGAUGUACGGCACCAGGCACUGA